ACUCGUUGCAUUCCGUGACGAAAGUUUGCGAGUAAAUCGACCAUGGCGAUCGCGACGCCUCGCAGCUCCCUCAUCAUCUUCUUCGUCCUCCUCGUCUCGGCCGCUUCCUUGGUGGUCGAUGGUGGCAGCAUCGUCAAGGAGGCCUGCGCCAAGACGCCGCAGCCGAGCGACUGCGAGGAGCUCCUCAAGUCCAGCACCGCGACGGACGCGAAAACGCUGGCCCAGGCCGCCGUCGCCGCCGCCGCGAAGACGGCCACCGAGGCUGCUACCGCCGCCAAAGCGGAGCGGGACAAGCUCCCCAACGGCAAGACGCAGUGGCGGUGCAUGGACAGCUGUGCGGCGGGGUUCGAUGAGGCGGCGACAAAGUUUAAGCCAGCAGCUGGCGGGAACGCCGCGGGAGCCGACGCCCAGCUCACGGAGGUGCUGGACUUCGUUGUGGUGGAUGAGGAUGUGGAGAAGUCCAGGGACUGGGAGUGGAAGUGGAGCUGCAACGAGUGCAAGGCGGACCCCACCGCGCCGGCAGGACUCGUCGCCAAGAACAAGGAGUUCGACAAGAUCAUGGAUAUCAUACCUGCCAUCAUCAAGCAGGCAGUCGCCGGCGCGGACAAUUCCACCAAAUCGGACACCAAAUCCAAAUCCAAAUCCUAGGGAGCCAACUCUUCGUUAUGACUACUUUCAACCUUCGCCGUUGAUGCAUUGCUAUUGCGCCAUCCCGUCUGACCCACACCAGCAGGGUGUCGUGAUAGUUGUUAGAGAAGCUGAUCACUCGAAGCCGGCGAAACUGGCUUUGGCUUUAGCACCACAAUUUACUGUCGUUAUUUCUAUUUUUUAAACUAAUCUUUUCGUUCUUAAAUUUCUUCCUUUUGGUACAUUUUGGUACACACUCUUUUCGAAAGGAGAUUAAAACAUAAUCCUUCAACUACCGCUAUUGAAAUC